AUGCAAUUCAAGAGAAAUGAGAGAACUAGAGUGAUUGCUGAAUGUACAGCAGAGGGUUGUAUUUGGAGAAUCCAUGCAUCAUCCAUUGUUGAUGGUGUGACAUACAAGAUAAAGUCUUAUGAAAGUAAGCACAUAUGUGAACGGCAACAGUCAAUCAAGCAUGCUACAAUUCGUUGGGUUGGGAAAAAAAUUGCUCCUCUUAGCAAGGCUGAUCAUGAAAUGAAGCCCACUGCCAUUAAUGAGUUUCUACUUCAGAAAUAUCAUAUUCAACUUCCUUACCAACGGGUGUACAGGGCAUGUAGGAUUCCUCAAGAAAUCAAUGAAGGUAGCUAUUCAAAAUCCUAUGCUCGGUUACCUGCAUAUGGUGGGUUGGUUCUAGAGAAAAACCCUGGGAGUAAAUUCAUAAUAGAGUAUGAGAGUAGACAAGAGCAUGCGUUAGACAUAGUCAAUCCUGUGUUUUUGAGAGUUUUUAUUUGUUUCAGAGCAUGUGCAAGGGGUUUCUUGAAGGGGUGCAGACCAUUUAUAGGUCUUGAUGGAUGCCACCUCAAGGGCAGGUAUGGUGGAGUACUAUUGUCUGCAAUAUCAGUGGAUGGGAACAAAGGGUUGUUCCCUGUUGCAUAUGCUGUAGUGGAGGUUGAGUGCAAAGAAAGUUGGUUGUUUUUCCUGAAUUUGUUACAUGAUAUCAUAGACCCGGAUGAUGCUAAUAGGAUGUUGACUUUCAUGUCAGACAAACAAAAGGGUCUAGCAGAUGUUAUUGCUUUAGUCUUCCCUAAUGCUUACAUUAGGUGUUGUAGUCGCUAUCUCUAUCAGAAUUUCAAGAAAAAAUAUCUAGGUGAUGCAUUUAGAAAACAUUUUUGGACUUCAUCUUCAGUAUGUACUGUGAAUCAGUUUGAAAGUACAAUGAAUGCCAUCAAAACCAUGGAUAAUACAACAUAUGAGUGGUUGAUGAAAGAUCCCAAAAGUAUGUGGACUAGACAUGCUUUUGAUACUAGAGCAAAGAGUGACCAUAUUACCAACAACAUGUCAGAAUCAUUUAACCAAUGGGUAUCAACCAUUAGGACAAAACCCAUUCUCAUCUUAAUUGAUACCCUUAGAUUGAAAAUUAUGGAUAUAAUGUAUCAUAAGUUUCAAAAGGGUCAAAGCUUCAAGGGUACACUUACACCAAUGGUGAAGAAGAAAAUAAUCAAAAUCCAGGAAGCAUCAAGGGAUUGCAUUAAUCAUGGUGGUGCUGAUGAUGAAUUUGAGGUAAUAGAGCUUACUGGAAGAAGGUUUGUGGUAAAAUUGAGACAAUGGUCAUGUACUUAUAAAGUUUGGGGUAUCACUGGACUACCUUGCAAGCAUGCGGCAUCAGCAAUUGCAAUGAAAAGGUAUCAAAUUGAAGACUACUGUGAUGCAUAUUACACUGUUGACAAAUACAUGGAAGCAUAUAGGGAGAUGAUCCAUCCUCUAGAUGAUCUGACUGAUUUGAGAGAUGAUGGUCAUGUUGUUUUGGUUCAGCUUCCAAGGCUGAGGAGGAUUCAAGGUAGACCACCAAAAAGUAGGAGAAAUGAUCUUGAUGAAGCACUUACUGGGAAAUCUAGUCAGAGAUCAACAAGCCUCAGAUGUAGCAGAUGCAACAUGGUAGGUCAUAAUAAGAGAAAAUGUAAGGGAGCUCCAGUAAAGGUCAACAGGGCAUCUACUAGUCAGACUGUUGGUGUGAAGAGAACUCAUGAUAAUAUGAGUCAGGGUGAUAUCAGCAACUCUCAGAGAGUGACCAGGUCACAGUCUUCUUCAGCUAUCACUGUGAAGAGUAGCCAAGCGAGGACACGAGCCAAAAUGGAUGCAGCUGCAGCAAAGAUUAAAGCAAAGAGAAAGGCAGCAAAGAAGAAGAACUGA